UAUUUUUACCCAGAAACUGUGGACAUCCAAUGGGUUAAAUACAGUAAAUAUACGGCCACCAGCUCAUCUUUGCAUACAAAUUUUUUUCUCACAAAACUAUUGAGGGAACAGCGAUGGGACAUUUAAUGUGACCAGUAUGCUGAGUGUGAGGUCGUCUACUGGAGUUGAGACUGGAGAUGUAUUAUCCUGCAUUGUGAUCCACAGAUCCUGAAGGAGAAAACUUCUGUCAAUUUUUCUGUGCCAAGGCGGAAUCCAGUGGUGGUCAUGUGGUUUGCUGUGGUUGUGUUGGCUGGAUUAGCAGGUUUAACAAAAGCUGCGAAGAAUCAUUUUAAAAAAGGUUGGAGACCAUGGAUAGAUGUUCUUCAGUGUGCUGUCCUUAUAUCAAUGUUACCUCUACUUUGUUUUACAAUACACUUCACAAGGGAUUUCGAUGAUGUUGGACUGUGGAUGUAUAUUGUAUUAUCUGCUGGAAUUAUUUUAUAUUCAAUCUCAUUUGUUUAUCAUAUGACAUCUCUCUGGAGAUAUUUCAGCAUAGGUAACAUUACUGUAUCUGAGCUCUCAGGGGAGCGAAGUCUUUAUCAUAUGGAGAGAAACACUCUAACCUGUCAGAUAACAGAGUUCAGACGAAAACAAAUUCAGAUAAAUGUAUAUCUGAAAAGGCGUAGGGACAUAAAAAAAAAACAGCUUAUUAGCGCUUGGGAACCCACAGACUGGACAUCCAAUAACACCUCUACUGACUUAAGAUUGCUUGAUGGAGACCAGGGUGAAAAUAAUUCCGUUGUCCUGCCUAUGCUAGAAGAAGGUGCUGAGCGCCGUACAUUACUACCGGUGAAAAUAGAAGUUGAGAUAACAAAAUCCUGUCUUGGAACGUACGAGUGUCUCUGCUCCAUUACUAUCACCCCGAGUGUUAAAGAUAACGGCGCGAUACUUGCUGUAGAAGUGGAAUACAUUACCCUAAAGCGGCCCAUCUUUAAAUGCAGAACUCUGAAUGUGUACAGUACAGAAGUAGGUAGAACCAUUGUAUCCAAAAUCAAUGGGGAGACGUGGAUUCCCCACAAGAAGAAGACAACUCUAUCCUGUCAGAUAAUUGGAUUCAGACAGAAAGAACUUCUCAUAAAUUUAUACCUGAAAAGACAUAAUGACAUUAAAAACCGUCUCAUCCACUCAUGGGUAUCUGUGGACCGUCCAUUGGGUGAGGACAAUGCUACUGCUGGCCAUCAAAGUGGAGAUACUAUUGCAGAAAAUCCUCUGCUGGAUGAUGCUGUGUAUGAUACAACGUUACCGGUGGAAAUGGAAGUGGUGAUGACAAAAGCAAUUAAUGGAAGCUACACGCGUGAUUGCAGCAUUUCUCUAACUCCAAACGCAGAUACAGAUGACGGUGCUGAACUUACUGUGGAAGUCGAUCACACUUCCCUACGAUGGCCCAUCGAUAAAUCUCACAUUCUGAAUGUGUUCAAAGGUGAUAAAACCCAGUUUAUGGAGAAGAUUCAAGAAACGUUGUAUUAGAUGA